CAGAUUGCAGUGCGAAUCGUUGCUGCCCCAUCACCUGCUGUCGUGAACGAAGCUCCUGUGGUCGACGUGAUUCAAGUCGCCACCGUGGAAGAGCCUAAAGUGGUUGCAAUUCCGGCCGUAGCAGUCGUGGCUGAGCAAGUUUUGGCGGAGGAAGCGCCAGUUACCGACGCAUCCCCAGUCGUUGACAUCUUGGCCCACCACGUGGUGAAAACUGAUGUAGCUGCUGUGGUCGAUGUCGCAGUGGUCGCAAGAGUCGAUGAACUUGAAGCGGGUGAUAUCCCUGUAGGCCAAGAUGAUACUAUUCAAGUCCCUGAAGUAACUGUUCCGGUGGUGCAAGCUCCUACACUCAAAGAUGAAGUAGUCGUUGAUCAUGUGGCAGUGGUGGAUGCACUAGCGGAUGUGGAAGAAGUCACUGACUCGGAUGAAGUUGUCCCCGAAGCUGGGGCUACGAAGGCAGUGACGCGACAAGACGCGUCCACUGUGCAAACCACUGUACCCCCCCUCGGCAGCAUCGCUGUCGUACCCGUUAAUGUCUUCCCCACUCCAGUCACCGUGUCAACAACCCCCGCCUCCUCCGUAGAACAACCCCCCGCCGACGUCACCUCUCCACCUGUGGACCGAGAGCGCCCCAACUUGUUGAGCAUCGACGACGACGACGUGGUGUACGCUUCGUCGAGCGACGGGAAGUCCCGGUCCGUGGACGGCAGCUCGGGCAGCGUCGAAUUCUCCACCACGGACGACGAAAGGUACUCAACGUCACCCCUCACCGAUGAACAACGCAAGAGACGCAACAAGAAGCGGGCGCUCAAGCGUCGCAGUCGCAAGUCGGCCGCCGACGCCAAACUAGCCCAAGUGGCGACUACCGAUUCGCCCUAG